GUGAAAGAAGCACUGAUCGUGAAGCUGUGCUCGCUCUGAUCAGCGGGACCAAGAUGGACCGACUGGGAUCUGAGUCUAAACCUAAUUCAGACUCUGUUAACGACUGCUCCAACAACAAAUGUCCGGUUGAUAAAAGGAGGGCACAGGUCCCUGGUCCUGACUCGGUUUGUCUAAGGAGCGACUGGUCCAAAGACAGAGCUCCUGAUUUUAAAGACGUCUCUCCUCCAGACGAGGGAGUGAAGCUGAGCCCUGAUGAAAGCAGCAGAGAGCGCCUCCAUCUGGAUGUUGUAUUUACACGGCUGGAGGACGACAUUGUGACUUUUGUCAGACAGGAGCUGCAGAGGCUCCACAGGCUCCUGGCCUCAGAUUACCCAGAAUCCUCUGAGAGUGACAGGGAGGAGCCGAGCAGAGAGGUUCUAAACAUCACCCUGGACUUUCUGAAGAGAAUGAACCAGGAACAUCUGGCCCAGAGCCUGAGAGACAGGACUGUAUUUGGAAAGUGCAAAGCUAAUCUGAAGAACAGUCUGCAGCAGAGAUUCAGUCGUGUGUUUGAAGGCAUGACUGAAGCCAACUCCACCUCUUUGACUCAGAUCUACACAGAGCUCUACAUCACAGAUGGAGGAGUCUCAGAGGUCAACCAGGAGCAUGAGGUCAGGCACAUGGAGACCGUAUUCAUGAGACUGGCUGCUCCAGAGACCACCAUCACAUGUGAACAGCUCUUUAAAGUGCGCCCACAUUCACCAGAGCCAAUCAGAGUGGUGCUGACGAUGGGCGUGGCCGGUGUGGGAAAAACGGUGCUGACUCAGAAGUUCAGUCUGGACUGGGCUGAAGGCCGGGCCAACCAGGACCUCCAGCUGCUGUUCCCGUUCACUUUCAGAGAGCUCAAUGUGCUCAGAGGCACACAGUUCAGUCUGGUGGAGCUGCUGCACCACUUCUUCAGUCCAUCUAAAGAUCUCUGCAGCUUCCAACAGCUCCAGAUGCUCUUCAUCUUUGACGGUCUGGACGAGUGCAGACCUCCUCUGGACUUCAGCCGAACUCGGGUCGUGACUGACCCCACAGAGUCCGCCUCAGUGCAUGUGCUGCUGGUGAACCUCAUCAGGGGGAGCCUGCUUCCCUCUGCUCACCUCUGGAUAACCACGCGCCCUGCGGCAGCCAAUCAGAUCCCUGCUGAGUGCGUCUCCAUGGUGACAGAAGUCAGAGGGUUCACCAAUCAACAGAAAGAGCAGUACUUCAGGAAGAGAUUCAGAGACCAGACCACAGCUGUCAUCUCUCACAUCAAGAGCGUCCGCAGCCUCCACAUCAUGAGUCAUCUGCCGGUCUUCUGCUGGAUCCUCUCCACGGUUCUACAGAAGCUUCUGGCACAAACAGAGGAACCAGAGAUGCCCCGAACUCUCACACAAAUGUACAUCCACUUCCUGGUGGUGCAGGUCAAAGUCCAAAACAUCAAAUAUCACCAGGGAUUAGGGGCAAACCUUCACUGGACUCCAGAGACCAGGGAGAUGGUGAGGUCUCUGGGAAAAGUGGCCUUUGAGCAACUGCAGAAAGGAAAUCUGAUCUUCUACAAGAGUGACCUGAGCGAGUGUGGGCUGGAUGCUGCAGGGGCCUCAGUGUACUCUGGAGUGUUCACUCAGAUCUUCAGAGAGGAGCCAGGCCUGUACCAGGACAAUGUCUACUGCUUCAUCCAUCUGAGUGUGCAGGAGUUUAUGGCUGCUCUUCACGUCCAUCAGACCUUCACAGAGUCUGGGCUGAACCUACUCGAUAAGCAAAGAGCACUCACUAUCACAAAACUUUUCAGACGCAAACAUGAUCUGACCCAUCUCCACCGUUCUGCUGUGGACCAGGCCUUACAGAGUCCAAACGGACACCUGGACCUGUUCCUGCGCUUCCUCCUGGGGCUGUCUCUGCCGACCAAUCAGAGGCUGCUGCACGGCCUGCUGACUAAGACAGAAAAAGACCGGACCAAUCAGGAGACAGUAGAGUACAUCAAACAGAAUCUGGAUGAAAAAGGUUUGUCUGCAGAGAGAAGUCUGAACCUGUUCCACUGUCUGAACGAACUGAACGACCACAGUCUGCUGGAGGAGAUUCAGAGAUACAUGAGAGAAGGAGGUCUCUCUAAUAGACCCAUGUCUCCUGCUCAGUGGUCUGCUCUGUCCUUCCUCUUACUGUCCUCAGACUCAAACCUGGAGGAGUUUGACUUGAGGAAAUAUCAGCGGUCACACACGGCUCUCCUGGGUCUGCUGCCGGUGGUCAAAGCCUCCACCAAAGCCCUUCUUUGUGGCUGUGACCUGUCUCUUCACAGCUGUAGUUGUCUGGCCUCAGUCCUCAGCUCUUCCAGUCUCACACACCUAGAUCUCAGUAACAACGACCUCCAGGACUUAGGAGUAGAGCUGCUGUGUUUUGGAUUGAAGAGAGCCCCCUGCAGACUGGAGACUCUCAGGUUGUCUGGAUGUCUGGUCUCAGAGAGGGGCGGGGCUGCUCUGGCCUCAGCUCUGAGCUCCGCCCCCUCCCACCUCAGAGAGUUAGACCUGAGCUACAACCAUCCAGGACCCUCAGCACAGCUCCUGACCACUCUACAGGACCAGCGCCUCCUGCUGUCUGUCAGGUUGGAUCCUGCGGGAGAACAGUGGAUGAUUCCAGGACUAAAGAAGUAUUCCUGUGUGUUCUCUCUGGACCCAAACACAGCUCACAGAGAACUUGCUCUGUCUGAGGACAAUUGCACAGUGACCCGUCUGAAAGAGGAGCAGCUCUGUCCACAUCAUGAGGACAGAUUUAAAGACCAGCCACAGGUCCUGAGCUCCACUGGCCUGAGGGGGCGCUGUUACUGGGAGGUGGAGUGGAGUGGAUCAGUGGACAUAGCAGUGACUAACAGAACAAGAGAGAGUACAGAGUUACAAGGUCAAGUGGGUGUGUUCCUGGACUCUGAGGCUGGAGCUCUGUCCUUUUAUCGGGUCUUAUCUGAUGGCAAACUGUCUCAUCUUCACACAUUUAACUCGUCCUUCACUGAACCUUUGUUUGCUGGGAUUGGACUGAGGUCUUCACAUUCCUCAGUUACUCUGACCAGUCAUUUUAUAUUAACGACCAUGAAGAACCAGGAUGUGCUGGGGUUUGUGAGAGCACGGCUGUGUCCCAAUAUCCACACUAUUCCCUACUUAGAGCACUAUGUAGUGGUCACGCCAUUUUUAGUGUUAUUGAAUGUCCAGUUACCAAUCAGGGACAACUACCAGUGA